AUGGCCUUCAACUAUUCGAACAGAUCACAUAUUUGGAUGAGUAUUAUUUAACCAAUUCGGAGAUCCAAGUGCUUCGACAAUCAGCCCCGGCAAUCGCAAAAGCGAUUCCCUCAGGGGCCAUGGUUGUUGAGCUGGGAUCAGGCAACCUGCGAAAAGUACAAAUUCUCCUUCAAGCACUCGAAGACGUCGGGAAGGAUAUCGAUUAUUAUGCUUUGGAUCUGUCGAAGAAGGAGUUGGAGAGAACCCUAGCACAAGUUCCUCAGUUCCGCCAUGUGAGAUGCCAUGGUUUGCUCGGAACCUAUGACGAUGGCCGAGAGUGGCUGAAGCAGCCAUCAAUUUCAGCCAGACCGAAGUGUGUCAUGAGCUUGGGUUCAAGCAUCGGGAAUUUUCAUCGACCUGAGGCAGCAGAAUUCCUACGCGGAUUCUCCGAUGUCCUCCAGCCAUCAGACACAUUCUUGCUUGGACUGGAUUCUUGUACCAAUCCCUCAAAAGUUUAUCAUGCAUACAAUGAUCGCGAAGGUGUAACACAUCAAUUUCUCUUGGACGGCCUUCGCCACGCGAAUGAGAUCCUUGGAUCAGACGAAUUCAAUCUGGAUGAUUGGAAGGCUAUAGGCGAAUACGUGUACGAUAUAGAUGGUGGCCGUCAUCAGGCAUUCUACUCGCCAAUCCGAGACGUCAACAUUAUUGGCGAGGACAUAAAAGCGCAUGAGCGAAUUAAAGUCGAGCAGAGCCUGAAGUACUCGGAAGACGGCAUGAAGAAGCUUUGGGCUGAAGCGGGAGUUGUCGAAACAGAGCGGUGGAUGACCGACGGCGACGAAUAUGGACUACAUUUGUUAACAAAGCCCACCACUAUGCCUUUCGGCCUGACGCCUGGUCGGUACGCUAGUGCAGUAGUACCAACUCUUGAGGACUGGGAUGGCCUAUGGUCAACAUGGGAUACUGUCACCAGGCGGAUGCUCCCGAACGAGGAGCUUUUGGACAAGCCUAUCAGAUUGAGAAACGCCUGCAUAUUUUACCUGGGGCAUAUCCCGACAUUCCUAGACAUUCAGUUGACGAAAACCACGAAGCAACCACCUACUGAUCCUGCAUCAUACUACUCAAUCUUCGAAAGGGGCAUUGAUCCUGAUGUAGAUAACCCAGAGCUUUGUCACGCACAUUCAGAGAUCCCUGAUGAGUGGCCCAGACUAGCAGAAAUCCUGGAAUAUCAGAAGAAUGUUCGUGCUAGGUUGACGAAACUGUAUUCGGGUGGCCUGGAACAUAUUCCAAGAGAUGUCGCAAGGGCUGUCUGGGUUGGGUUUGAGCAUGAGGUGAUGCAUAUGGAAACUCUGCUUUAUAUGAUGCUGCAGAGCGAUAAGACUUUACCCCCGCCUCAUAUUCCGCGGCCCAACUUUCAGAGUCUUGCUCAGGAUGCAUACGCGAAAAGGACAGCAAACGAAUGGUUCAGUAUUCCCGAGCAGGAUGUUGUCAUCGGUCUAGAUGACGACGAAAAUAAUUUAGAAGCUGAAGGACAUUUUGGCUGGGACAACGAAAAACCAGCACGUAAAAUCCACGUUCAUGCUUUCCAAUCUAAAGGUCGACCAAUCACUAAUGAAGAGUAUGCACAUUAUAUGUAUGAAACGCAAGUAUCUAAACUUCCUGCAUCUUGGGCAGAAGCAUCGCUCGAGGAAACCAACGGAGUUAAUGGCGCUGUUAAUGGACACAGCGAUGGUCAGGCUAACGGUCACACCAACGGCCAUCCUAGCGGCUCAACUCUGCUACCGUCAUAUUUCUUAGAAGGCAAGGCCGUCAGGACUUUCUAUGGCUUGGUGCCACUCAAGUACGCGCUAGACUGGCCUGUCUUCGCAUCGUACAACGAAUUGGCAGGCUGCGCUGCUUGGAUGGGCGGAAGAAUCCCUACCUUCGAAGAGACGAAGAGCAUCUAUGCGUGGGUUCAUCGUCUAAAAAGGGAGGAGGCAGAACGCAAGCUCGGAAAGACGGUGCCGGCAGUGAAUGGACAUCUCGUCAAUAAUGGUGUUGAGGAGGACCCCCCGUCACAAGCCCAACUUCAGGUCAAUGGAAGGUUGUCUGAAAACGACAAACUAUUCAUUGAUCUUACUGGUGCCAACGUCGGAUUUCAGCAGUGGCAUCCUGUAUCAGUAACAUCCGACGGCAACCGCUUGGCAGGUCAGGGAGAAAUGGGUGGAGUCUGGGAAUGGACCAGCUCAGACCUAGUUCGUCAUGAAGGUUUCGAGCCCAUGGCUCUUUACCCUGCUUACACCUGUAUGUACUCCAUUCUCCACAUAUGAACUGCGACCAAAGUCAGCAGCAAGCUGAUUUACGACUCUGUAGCGGAUUUCUUUGAUGGUAAGCACAACAUCGUCCUUGGUGGUUCCUGGGCAACCCACCCGCGCAUUGCAGGUCGACAAUCAUUGUAAGUACCUGAAAUGAGCUAUGUACUCCAUAUAAUCGACUAACCCUUGCAGCGUAAACUGGUACCAGCGAAAUU